GCAGGGCCCGCCCCGGCGGCGCUGCCCGGCUGGUUCCGCAAGUUUCUGACAGUUCGUGCCCGGAACGCGAGGCUGCGCUGCGCUGGGGCCGGGGCGCUCCGCAGGACCGAGGUCUCCCCGCCGGCACCAUGUCCCGGGACCCCGAGGAGGUGAACAAGCUGACGGAGAACACGUACAAAAAUGUUAUGGAACAGUUCAAUCCCGGGCUGAGAAAUUUAAUAAAUCUGGGGAAGAAUUAUGAAAAAGCUGUUAAUGUUAUGGUAGUGGCUGGAAGAGCAUAUUAUGAUAGCCUUGCAAAGAUUGGGGACAUAUCAGCAGAUUCUCCAGUUUCUAAAGAAUUAGGCCAAGUUCUGAUAGAAAUCUCAAGAACACACAAGAAACUUAAUGACAGUCUAGAGGAGAGUUUCAAAAAAUUUCAUAAAGAAAUUAUAUCUGAACUGGAGAAGAAAACAGACCUGGAUGUAAAAUAUAUGACUGCAACUUUAAAAAGGUACCAAACUGAACACAGAAGCAAACUGGAUUCUUUAGAGAAGUCUCAGGCUGAGCUGAAAAAAAUCAGAAGGAAAAGCCAAGGAGCACGAAAUGUAACGAAGUAUGAGCACAAAGAAAUGGAGUAUUUGGAAACCGUGAGCUCUCGACAAAGUGAUAUUCAGAGAUUUAUUGCAGAAGGCUGUAGAGAAGCUCUCCUUGAAGAGAAAAGAAGGUUCUGUUUCCUGGUUGACAAGCACUGCAGCUUUACCCAGCACAUGCACUUCUAUCACGUUCAGUGUGCAGACUUCCUAAAAUCCAAGCUGCCUGGGUGGGAGGAAAUCUGUAGUGAUGCCACCAAAGUGCCUGAAAAAGUCAGAAUGAUGAUAGAUGAAAUCAGGACCCCUGGCUCCACGCCGGUCUCGGGGACGCCGCAGCCCUCGCCGAUGGUGAAGAGAAACACCCUGAUUGGAAAUGAUUUUUAUCCUCAAGAAAAUGUAUCCAAAGUGCCCCCAGCCCCCACAGGCAGGGCAUACACGAGCCCACUCGUGGAUAUGUUCAACAAUCCUGCAACAGCUCCCAAAGCACCUUCUGAAAAAAUGAAUCACUCAGCAGAGAAUUCAGAUGAUGCCAGUUUAUCACGGUCAACUUCUGUUGCCACGGGGUUGAAUAUAAUGAAAAGGCAAAAAGUGAAGACAAUCUUCCCUCAUACUGCUGGAAACAACAAAACAUUGCUCAGCUUUGCCCAGGGGGAUGUCAUCACCCUGCUGGUGGCUGAGGAAAAGGAUGGCUGGCUUUAUGGGGAGCACGACACAACCAGACUAAAAGGAUGGUUUCCAUCAUCAUACACCAGACCACUGGAUGAAUCAGCAGAAGAAAAAGCCUUUGCCCCAGUGCCAAGCCCUGCACCAAUCCGAAGUGUUAGCUCUGUGAACCUUGUGGAGAAGGGGGAAGUUGUCCUCCCACCACCAGACUACCUGGGGGCUGCACAGACAGACAGACGGAUGGAGCCUGCCAAAGGUGCUGCUGUGAAAACUCCGACCGACAGAGCGGAGCAGGCAGGCCCGGACAGCAAGAUCACCUGUAGCAUAUUUCUACAAAUUCAUGUCAAUACAUAUAUAUUUUUUUUGUUUUUACAGAAACCUGACAUGAAUGGCAUUAUAAAACCACCUUUCCUAAGUGGCGAAAACCCCUUUGCAACGGUGAAGCUCAGACCCACAGUAACGAAUGACAGAUCAGCACCCAUUAUCCGAUGAACAUACGGGUCAGGCACAUCUGCUUCCUCCUUAUCAACACCCAGUUUCAGCAAUGACGAUUAAUAUCUCAACAUGUCCUAAAAAUUUAUUUAAAUGUAAUUACUGUACAAUAGACACAAACUGGAAUGGAGCUCUGAUGUUUUUUAAACCUAUAGUUUCUAAUGAGGUAAUUGCUUUGGGCUAGUGUUUGAGCACUUGGGCUUGAUUUUACAGUAUGCCUUUUUUGUAGUAGGAAUUGUGAAAAUACUGGAGAUAGUUUGGAUACUCUAGUGAAUCAGAAUAAGUAAUAGCUCAGAAUCCUUGGCAUUCAUUACUUGGAAGCUGCAAUGGUAAGUUCUAGAAUAUAAGCCUGCAUAUGCCACCUAAAGAAGAUAACAGUGAUUUUUUUUUCCCCAAACAGAAGAAUGUAACAACUGCCUUAUUCCAGAAUAGAGAAUUGCCUGUAUAAAUGAUUAUAUGUUAUUUUGUGUAAGAAAGAUACCUUAGGUUAUAAAUAAAUAUUUAUCCCCUUAAGAAUAGA